GAAUAUUUUGAAGAGCUAAACAAGUUAUCCACCAUGUUAAUAAACCGAGUACAAAAGCCAAAAUGAUGCAGAACAUCAAACAAAUAAGACCAUUUCAAUUUAUCAAAAGCUUUAGCCAUAUCAAGCUUAAGAAUGAGAUUACCCCCACUACAUAUAUACAUGGAGAAAAAGAUGCAGGGCGGUAGAGAGAGGGAGAAAGGUAGAUCUCAGGGUAUCGGAUUUCAUCAUCGGCGCUUUCACCAAGGGUAUCGAUUCUUCUCUGGCGAUGAUAACUCCCGAGCAAGGAACUGGGCUUAUCACGUCAAUUACCCUGCACACAAAGCUGCUCUCUGUCCCCACCGCGACAAAUUCAGAACCGGAAAUCAUAGAAGGGAUUUCCUCCGAUUCAAAGGCUGGCGUCCAUCUCAACGGCGAUUCAUAGGCGAUGAGGAGGCGUCCUUUCAGUUGCGGAAUUUUAGAGAGCGCUUACCCUCGUUUUUCAAGCAGAAAGACAAAGGCGUGAAUCAACUCCUCCCUUACGCAGUUCCAACAGGUCCCUUGCUCAUUACAUCGGUUGGAUCAGAGGAAGUCUCCGGCACUGAUUUACCAAAAUGGCAAGACCCCUUGUUAGAUGAAAUUUUGGGCAAGACAGAAAUGCAGAAUUCAAACAUAUCAGUACCAGGGCUUCUUGUCCAAAUGGAUAUCUCUGAUUUCUGCAGCAAAGAAUACAACUUGGAUAUAUAUUGUAAAGGAGAUUUUGAUGAAGAGUUCAAACUUUUGGAGCCCCUAUUCUCUGACCACUUUGAGUCCUUGUUCAAGGAAUCUUAUUGUUAUCUUAAAGAGGCUAUGACCAUCUCCAUGGUGCGUGACAAGUUGCAAAAGGGAAUUCUGAAAAAUGGAAAGGGCAAGGCCUUCAGAAUGACAAGGCAAUUAGCAAAAAGCAUUGAGGCGGUAGACUCAGUUAAGAUUAAAGACCUUCUCAAGGGAAAUUUCUCCAACAUCCCUGGGCAAAGUGGUGGUUUCUACAAGGGCGCCCCAUUAGUUAUUUUCUCAGCGGAGGAAGAGUGCAAGCUCGCUGGAAACUUUCAGUUUACCGUGGUGGGAAGAGGUUCUAAGCAUAUUUCCAUUAGGGAAGCUGAAGACUUCCUUAUUAAAGGUGGUUAUAAGGAGUUCAAACUUCGACGCUUGUCACCCAAGGAGAUUAUUUUCAUCUUCAAGCAUGAGGAAGAUUAUUUACGUUGGUUUCACCGGAGACGCUGGACCAUUAAGGGAAACCUUAUCAACCUCACCAAGUGGACCCCUGAGCACUCCUCCUCAAAAGAUUGUCCAAUUAUUCCACUCUGGGUUGAGGUAAGCAAGCUCCCACUUCAUCUUCACGAUCAUAAUGUUCUAUAUGCUAUUGCUUCCUCCCUGGGAAAACCCUUAAAGCUGGACUCGAACUCGGUAAUUGGAGUUUUCCCUGAUCGUACAAGGUUCUGUGUUGAAAUGGAUGUUUCUAUCUCCAAGGCCCCUAAAAUCCAUGUUCGUUUAGGUGCUAAGGAUCUUUGGCUUCCUUGUUCAUACGAAAACCACACACCAUAUUGCUCAUCUUGUUCUAGAUUUGGACAUGCACCAAAAGAUUGCCGGAUUAAAGGGCCGGAAAACCUCACUGUCGCUGCUCCGCCUAGUGAAGUGGGACCGGCAGGAGAAGUCUCACGAGGGCGUAGUACAGAUGAGGGAUGGAUAUGGGUAAAGGGGAGAAGCCAAAAACACAUAGCAAAUCAGAAUAGUGUGGGCCAGUCAAACUCUAAAGUUUAUGCUUUUCCCGACAAGCCCACUCCCCAUAGCAAUAAUUUUUCCUCUUGGAAACAAACGGGUUACUCCAAGCUGAGUAAGAAGGUUGCCCCACAGUCAGAGCAAAUAAUGGCAGGCCCUAUUACCACACCUCUGACAGAAGAUUGGGAAUCUCUAAUGCCUACAAUUGAGGAGAUCCAAGAAGAAGAGCCUUUGAUCCUAUCCUCCAUUAUUCAACCUCAUGCCUCGGAUUUGGAAUCUUUUUCCCCUAUAGAGGUGGUGGAAGAUAGCCCUUUCCCUGACCUCUCAUACCUAAAAGUGGAUAACAUCAUUGGCUGCAUGGAUAUUGUUCCCUUCGUUCCCCUUUCGAACCACCAGUUUGACGAUGAAAAACCCUUGGUUAGUAUGGUUACUAUCCCAGGUAGCAAGGAUGAUUGUUGGAUUCACCCCAAUAUGGUCUGUGGAUUGGAAGGCCAUGAAAAGGAUGCUCAGGAAGAAGUUGAAACCCCCAUCCACUGUCACUCUGAGGGGGAAGAAGGUGCAAAACCUUUCAUCAAUGGCAAUCUGGUCCCUUUGGAUAUGGACCUUAGAUUCUGUUCUCAAGUCCCUAUCCCUCUCCCCAAAUUCUCCAAAUCAAAGAGAGAGAUCCCCCCAUCGGGGAUGAUGACAAGAAGCCAUGAAAAGGAUGCUCAGGAAGAAGUUGAAACCCCCAUCCACUGUCACUCUGAGGGGGAAGAAGAGCCAAAAGGUUCCUUAUUCACUUGGUCAGGAGUUAGAAGUCAGGGCAGGACCUGGCGCAGACUUGAUAGAGUCCUACUCAAUCUGGACACCAUGGCUUCUUUUGAGGAUCUGGCCCUCACUCACUUGCCUAGAGCUAACUCUGAUCAUAAACCCUUACUGCUUUCCUGCCUGGACACACCCCCUUCUGGUGCAAAACCAUUCAAAUUUCUUAACGAUUGGAACUCGUCCCAUUUUGGCAAUAUCUUCCUUAAACUCAAAGAAGCAGAGGAAAUUGCAUCCAAAGCCCAGGAAACCUAUGAGCUAGACCCUUCUGACCUCAACUGUGAAGGGGCCCAACUUGCAAAUGCUCAACUUAUUCAAGCCGUCAACAGAGAAGUGUCUUAUUGGAAACAAAAAGCAAAUGAGUUUUUCCUUGGGCUCCCUAUUCCUAAAGGUUAUGGCAGUACCUUUAUCUCUCUUAUCCCCAAGAAGGACAACCCUAAAACCUUUGAUGAUUUCAGGCCCAUAUCUCUCUCAACGUUCAUGAGUAAAAUUAACACCAAACUUCUUGCAAAUAGGCUUAAAACGUUGUUGCCAAAAAUCAUCUCUGAAGAGCAGGCAGCUUUUCAAAAAGGAAAAUCUUGUGAUGAUCACAUCCUUCUGGAAAAGGAAGCGAUCCAUCAUCUGGACAAAAAGACUUUUGGGGGGAAUGUCAUAAUCAAGGUUGACAUGGCUAAAGCUUUUGACAGGAUGGAAUGGAGCUACAUUGAACAUAUCCUAAAGGGCUUUGGUUUCUCUGAUGGGGCCAUCAGCAUUCUCAUGGCAAACCUUAAAAAUACUUUCCUUAGUAUCCUCCUUAAUGGGCGAGAAAAGGGGGCCGAAAGAACAGAACAGGGCCGCGGGAUGGAACCGGAGCACGCCGCCGCUGUUUGCCGGAGUCCGGAGGAGCUGGACGCCGCGGGAUAGCCGCUGCUCUACCGCCGACUUGCUGAAGUCUUCUUUGAGUAUUUGAUUAGUUUAAUUCAUCAAUCAAUUGAGGUAACAGGAACGAAGAAUGAGGAACUAUCCUGGAGGACAGCAAGGGCGAAGAGAUGGAUGGAUGCUAGCUGGAGGAGUUUAUUAUUUAAUAUCUGAGUUUGAAUUAUUAUAUUCUUAAGGGCAAGAACCCAAAGUUGUAUUUUGAUUAAGCACUUGAAGGCUUCCGCACCAUUUUGCUACCUCUGAUGGAUAUUUAAAUAUUGUUUUGAAUGAAAUGUUUUAAAUUGU